GCCAAAACUUUAUCAAUCACAUGACAGUGAUAAGCUUGUUGUUCUUGUAAAUAUAAUAAGUGGAUGUUUAACGGUACGUAUCAAUUUCGAAGAAUUGCCCAUUGAUUAUAUACAAAUCUAAGCAUUGAGCUAAAUAUAGUUUUAAAUGAUAAGUUAGCGAAAUUCCUUUAAGAGUUUAAUAAUUUUCCUGUACUUCCUCCCACAGCUUGAACAUGCCUAUUUUGUACUCCGUAAUUUCACGCGGAUCAACAAUUCUUGCACAGUAUGCUGGAUACAGCGGAAAUUUUACAGAUGUUACUCAGCAAGUGUUAACAAGAAUCUCACCUGACAGCGACAGGAUGACCUAUUCACACGGAGAAUAUUUAUUUCAUUACGUAUGCGACAAAGGUAUCGUGUAUUUGUGCAUAACAGAUAACGCAUUUGAGAGGUCAAAAGCUUUUAAUUUCCUGCAAUAUAUUAAAAAGAAAUUCGAAGUACAAUAUGGUGACAGGGCAAAGACUGCAUUACCAUUUGCCAUGAAUACAGAUUUCUCUCAAACUUUAAAAUCUCAAAUGCGACAUGUUUCCGCCGGUGGUUCUCCUAGAAAUGAUUACAGUGAAAAAUUGAUUAAGGCUCGGAGUGAAGUGGACGAACUUAAGGGAAGUCUCGUUCGAAACAUAGAUGAUUUGGCUCAAAGAGGUGAAAAACUAGAAUUACUCAUCGAUAGAACAGAGGAAUUAAACACAAGUUCAAUGACGUUCAAAACAAAGAGCAGAAAUCUUGCAAGAUCGCUUUGGUGGAAGAAUGUUAAGUUAACAAUAAUUAUUGUCGUUAUUUCAGUGGUAAUUCUCUAUAUUAUAGUAUCGAUAGCAUGCGGAGGCUUAGGAUGGCAAAAGUGUGUUAAAAAGAAGUAG